GUAUUAUUACCAGAAGAGUUGAAAAAAAAAUUUUAGUAUGUUAAAUGUUAUAUGCAGGUUAUUUAACUAUGUAAUGCUAAUUAUAUAACACGUUUUAUAUUGAAUUUGAUAGGUAGGUGUGAUAUAAGUAGAUAUGUAUCAUAUCAAGAUCCAUUACAUAGAUGCUAAAUUGAUAUCAAUUGAAUUGUACUAAUUUUGGAGGGUUAAAAUGGUAUGCUUAUAAUGGUUAUAGAUUGUAUUGGUUACCUUAACUAUGUGGGUAUGGAUGUUUCCGUUUAUGACCUGUAUAUAAGGUCAGAAACCAGAAGCAGAAAAAAAUUGGAUGUGAUGAAGAGAUAAAUUUAUGACUAUAAGCAGAAGGUAUCAGAUUGAUAUCAUCAUUUCAUUUCAUUUCAUAUAUAUACAUAUUCCUAAUAACACCUGGUUGAAACAUGGUCAUAGCGUCUGAAAUAAAAGGCUUUUAUGUGUUGCCAGUAGAGUUCCCAGAGUCCAGUUCUCCUCAUUACAUAUACUUCAAGAAACAUGAAGUUAAAGGAUCUCCAUCAUCUGGUACAUCAUUAUUUGUAUUUAAUUUACCUAUAAAUACUAGUACCGCCACUUUAAAGAAACUUUUCCAAGAUGUUUCCAUCGGAGCCAUCAUGUCAUCAUAUACCAGUAGUAAAUUAACUGAUUAUCCCGAAGAUACUUGGCUUAAUUUGACUGAAUUAACCUCUGAUUUGGAUUUAAAAAAUGGAAAUGGUAAUAGUAUCGCUGAUGAUGAAAGCUAUAGAUUACCUAAAAAUUGUGGUAUUAUUACCUUUAUUGAUAAAGCAUCAUUCCAACUAGCAUUUAAUUCUCUUAAGAAAUUAUCCAACCAAUUAAAAGUUACUAAAUGGCCAUUUGAAAUCAUAGAUUCUACUUAUUAUUUAAAGAAAUAUCAAUCCCAAAUCUAUAAUCCUAAUGAAUUAUCAGAAGCCGUAAGUCAAGCUUUGAUUGAGUUUGAUCGUGCUGAACAAGAAUCUAAAGAUCAAAUCCAUUCUAAUUUGGUUGAUGAAGAUGGGUUCACUAUGGUGGUUGGAUCUCAUAGAAAGACUAAAGCAGGUAUAAUGGGUAAACAAAGAUUAGCUGCUACUGUUGGAUUAGCCAAAGCUCAAUCUAAAUUAAAGAAACAAGAACGUGAAGAUUUUUAUAGAUUCCAAUUAAGAGAACGUAAAAAGGAUGAAAUGAAUCAAUUAUUAUACAAGUUUAAACAAGAUCAAGAAAAAGUUAGAUUAAUGAGAGAAAAGAAAAGAUUUAGACCAUAUUGAUUCAUUCAAGUUAUCAUCCCUGAUUUUUAUUUAUUUGUAAAUAUAGUUAAUGUAAAAUAGAGAUUAUAGAAAGUUUUAAUAUAAAAUUUUAGAAUUUAGAGAUACCAAUAUUUUUUUUUUGCGUGUAAGA